UAGCGAGCUAGCCAGUUGCCUGGUUGGCUAGUUACUCUCAUGCGCAACGUAGUUAGCUGGAACGAAGGCUUGCGGAUAGAAAGCAAUGCGCUUUCAUGCAGUAAAUGUCACAGAUUUUACUCAGUUGUCGACGUUAGUUAAACUUUACCCGACGUUUUGAUGCAGAGAGCAUUAGGUACGAGUAGUCAUUAGCUUGGCAUCAUUAACGGGCGGAGCAGAGGGCUCUUUUCUCUGGGAAAAGUGGCUAACCUUAGCUAGGUAACCUUAGCACCGGAGUCACUGGCGUCUCCUCCUGCCACAGAGAAGAGCACAGGCAGGCUGAAGAUAUGUGAAUGUGGAUUAGCUCAUGUUGGUGGACACUGGAUGAUCUGAAACGUGAGUUUACAGGUGGUAUAUGUGUCCGUGUCACGUCACUGAAACUACCCAGACAGAGUGGAACUGAGUAAACCAGCCAAAGGUUGCCACCAUGUUGGAGGAGGACAUGGAAGUGGCCAUCAAGGUGGUCGUGGUCGGCAAUGGAGCUGUUGGCAAGUCCAGUAUGAUCCAACGGUACUGCAAGGGCAUCUUCACUAAGGACUACAAAAAGACUAUCGGAGUUGACUUCCUGGAAAGGCAGAUAGUUGUAAAUGACGAGGAGGUGCGGCUAAUGCUGUGGGACACUGCUGGGCAGGAGGAGUUUGACGCUAUUACCAAGGCCUACUACCGUGGGGCCCAAGCAUGUGUGCUAGUCUUCUCUACCACAGACAGGGAGUCGUUUCAGGCUAUCGACAGUUGGAGGGAGAAGGUGGAGGCGGAGGUCGGAGACAUUCCCACAGUUCUCGUGCAAAACAAAAUUGACCUUCUGGAAGAAACCGUUAUAAAAAACGAGGAGGCAGAAGGUUUGGCUAAAAGGCUCAAGCUGAGAUUUUACCGAGCUUCAGUAAAAGAGGACCUCAAUGUCAACGAGGUUUUUAAGUACUUAGCUGAGAAGUAUCUCCAGAGACUCAAACAGCAAACGGCAGAAGAGACAGAGGUGCUCCACACAACAAGCAAUAAAAUAGGUGUUUUUAAUACCACGAGUAGUAACGUCUGCAACCAGAGCUCCAGCAACGGCAGAGAAGUCAUCACUUUGCGACCUAACAAACAAAGGACCAAGAAGAGUAAAAAUCCUUUUGGAAGCUGCAGUGUACUCUAGAUAAGAAUAAUUUAGUUUUAGUGACUCAAUAUUGUUUCUGAGACUAAAAUUGGUCAUUAUUUUACUUUGUGGAGGUAGCCACAUUUAGAAACCAAAGCCUAAACAGACUGGGAAACACAACUCCAUACUACUUUAAUAACCUGACGUUUAAUCUGUAAGUUUUCUCCCCACACUGAUGGCUGAAUUUCCCUCAAUUCAGCCUCGGCUCUCCGGCAAUGAUCUGCGCACAAACCUUUGUAUCUUUGUAUCCUUGUGGUUGCCCUCAGUAACAGCAGCAGCUACAGUACCUGUUUGUUAUUUAGAUACGACUCGACAUACAAUCCUGUCAUCAAAGCAGCAAAGGUUGCACUCCUGAUCUAUGAAAACUCCUCUUUAUGAUUUCGACAGUCUCCCCUUCCUGUGUUUGACAUUUCAACUGUGCAAUAUGUUUGCGUGUAUUGUAGGAUACAAAAAAAAAAAAAGUACCAUAUUUUUUCUGUCAGCACAAUAUGGUUCAAACUUUUAUUGUGGACAAAACACUAUCGAAUCCACAGUUAAUUCUCUGUGCAGAAGUAUUUUUGUACGAAUCAAAACAGUGUUGGGUGAUAUUUUCACUAAAGUGUUGACAUAGUGCCAAAUUUCCUCUUUCUGAACGUAACACUGCGGUGAUGAUGGAUGUAACAUGAAAUGAAUAGAAUGUGCUUUUAUCUAUAACCAAAUAUCAAUAACUAUCGACACAAAAUAUUCCUCUAUAUAUCUGCUCACACUCUUAUUUACAGAUUUGCUAAUCGGGACUUUCACAAAGUUUUUACUUUGUGAUGUAAAACACGAGUUGAAGUCACAGUCAGUUAUAGCGUUAUGUUUUUAAUUGCAGUUGUUUACAUUUUACAUAUGUAAAUGCUUUUCUUUAACUUUGGUACAGCUUUUCCAGAGUAAGCAAAUAUCAGUAUCUAUGUUUUCAUGUUUCACUUUAUUUCUAACAUUUCAAACACUAAACAUGGUACAAGAUUUUGGAUUUUAUUUCUCAGUUUUGCUUCUGUAGUAUCUAAUCAAUUUCUACUUUGUAAAUAUUAUUCUGCUCCUUUUUGAUGGGUAAAAAAAGGAGGAGGAGUGGGACUAGAAAGUUGAAAAGCUCACUGCUCAGUAAUGAGUGACCUCAUGAUACGGAGUUUUGAGCGGAAUGUGAACCCCGGCUCUCUGAACGUACAAAAAGCUGACCUUCAGGGUGGGACGUUUUGCUUGUGUGUGCCUGAAUAUGCAAGAAAAUUCAGUUUCUCCUCACUAUUUGAGGGCCCUCCAAAACAGAUCUCCCAAAUGAAUGCUCAAUACUCAGUACAUAUCUGUGAACUGUGUCACUGCCUUGUCUGCACCAUGCCUUUUAUUUUCUUUCCCCCCAAAUCUCAUGAAGACACCGGUUUACUAAGCACAACAAAAUUAUCAACAUUUCCAUAUUAAUAGUAUUUUACAUGCAUUUAGAAAACACGGGGCAUCUGGGAAUACAUGUGCAUGCAUUUUGUCUUUUUAAAAAGUUUUGCAACUGAUCUCAGAUCUGUUUUAAAUGAACUUUAUUUUCGAGAUGUUAAAGAUGGGACUGUUGUGAAAAUCCCAACAGGUGCUUAAACUAUGUUCCAGUUCUACCAUUGGUACGAAGAUUAUGUCACAUUUCAAGCUCUCUCAUUAGGUUGUCUGUAAACCGUGCUGUUUUGUAAAAAAGAAAAAAAAGUGGCAUAACUGUAAUGCAUGCAAGCCUUUUUUCCACAUCGGUGAAUGUGCAGCCACGGCUGCAACGCCAUAAUGCCUUGUCUUUGUUUACAUUCUCCCCCUCUGACCACCAGUAAGCAUUUCAGUCCCUCCUCUUGCUGUUUGUUUUAAUUGCCUGCACAGUAAAUCUGUACAUAAUUAUUUCCCUAAGCUUUCUUUUAUUUGUAACAUUGUGUUCACUUUGCCUUUUUUGCUUUUUUGACUGAAUGGAUUUAGCGCACUUUAUCUUGACGAUGGCAUGUAAUCUUAAGAGAACCGUUAAGUAAAAACUAACCAUACUUAUGUGCUGUCACUCAGGUGUUGUAAUGAUCUCUGUGUCUUACUGUUACUCUGCUUCUUCACAAAUCAAUUUCACACAUUUAGAUAGACAAACCGUAUGUAUGCUCUCACUCUGACAAAAACAACACUCAUUGUUGGAUUUUUUUUUAACAAUAAAAAAUAUAUCACUUUAACUUUAAGCGUGCCACACUGCUGUGCACCUGAUGUUAUGUUUGGGGGGGAGUCGAUGGUAAUCUGAUAUAAAUAAAACUUUACUUUUUUUCC